CGCGCCUCAGCUGUAGUGUGUCACGGCUCCAAACUGCUCCAAAGUGUUGCUGAGGGGAAAAAUCACUCUGGACGGGGAAAAUCUCAGUGUCAUACCUGGAGUUCACACAAGCAUGGAGGGAUACGAACAAGGUGCUCAGAGACCCGACUCCAUCCCAGAAGUGGGUGAAGAUGCAGCGAACACAGUACAGCCUGCCUCUGACACAUCCCUUACUGAGGAGGAACAAGAGGAGCUACGCAGUGAACUGGUGAAGGUGGAGGAGGAAAUCCAGACUCUUACUCAAGUGUUGGCUUCCAAGGAGAGACACUUGGCAGAGAUCAAGCGGAAACUGGGUAUCACUCCAUUCAACGAGCUCAAGCAGAACCUGAGCCGGGGCUGGCAGGAAGUAACUACAUCCACAGCGUAUAGGAGGACCUCAGAAACGCUGAGCCAAGCUGGCCAGAAAGCCACGGCAGCGUUCUCCAGCGUGGGUUCAGCCAUCAGCAGAAAGCUAGAGGAUGUCAGGAACACUCCCACCUUCAAGUCAUUUGAGGAUAAAGUGGAGACUUUAAAGACCAAGGUGAGCCCCACUGGAUCAUCCACCGAGCUUGGGAACGAGUCCGACUCGACGGCGAGCGCAGAGCCGGUGGUCGAGCAGCCAGGCGGGACGACUGUUCUGGCUCCAGAGCCACACUGAGGAACAGCUUCUUCACCUCGCUCCACUCUUCCCUUCUUCUACCCUUCCUCCCCUCUGCUUCUUCCCUCCAUACUUAGCUGAAAAGCAAAACCGAUGCUCUGUGCUCACUUUCUUUCCCUCAAACUAGUUAGGAAAGACUGUGUUCAUAGGAAAUAUUAUCAUGGUGGACACAAGAAGAGUAGAAAGACGAGCUUUACGAGUCCACCGUUUUCUUAAAACCACACAUUGAUCUGUUUUUCGCACUACGUUGGUUCGAGGUCCUCCGAGAUCCGUUAACAUUUCAUCUUCUGAAUGUUCGCACGAGUCUAGAACAUGUGGUAGGCCAACACUGGAACUGAUCUCCGGUCAGGUGGAGAUGAUUGAAGACUUGAGGCUUCACAAAUUUUUAUGUGACUCCUGUUAUCUACUUGGUUCUCCCCCCCCCCAAAUCCCCCAAAACCCUCCAAACCCUAACACACAUACACACACAAAUAAGGCCAGUGUGCCCUUCAUGGGCUCAGAGACAUAGGGGUUUGAGGUCUACACUGGUAUCAGCCCACAGAUGUAUGCAGUUUUGCUGUAAAGGGCAAACAGUCAAGCUGCUAUUAGAAGACCAGAUAUGACUUUUCAAACAGAUAAUGUUUUUGUAUUCGUUACAUUUCCCUCAUAAAACACUGCCAUAAAAUUGCACUUAAAGGCUACUAUAAAUGUUAUCUCCUACUGUUUAGUAUCUCAUAGCAAAUGACUACAUAUCUGGAAAAGACCUUUUUUGUUUAAUGUGCGUGUUGGGGGUUUACCGAAUACAAAUGCCAAAAAAAUAUAUAGCGUAAAACCUUUUGUGAACAGAAGCCUUUGUACGUCAUUUAGAUGAGUAAUGCCGGAUAGUAGUAGUCAAAUCUCUAUAGGAUGUAUAUAAUUUAAACAAAAGUAGGUUUAUGUAUUAACAAAAAGUUAAAAUGUUGAAAACUUGGAAGUGCUCAGAGCUAUGUGUAGAAUUGAGGGAGAAAUAGAAAGUAGUUUUCCAACAUUCAAUGAGGGUCUACUAAAUCUCUGGAGGAACAUUAUGGGUAUAGAUAUUAUAAAAACUAGAACAAUUUUCACAAUGAAACAAAGCUAAGCCAAAAGAAUUCAAAACGAAAGUAUCGGCCAUUUAUUCCUACACGUAGCGCCACCUCUGUUUCUCUGUUUGGAGUGGACGCAUGGUACGACGUGUAGGGAAUAAAACACGACACGGCAUGCUGUUAUCCAGCGUCACGCUCUCACCUCCACAAGCUUGAUUCUGUAGUUCAUUUCACCGUACAGCAUGUCCUCAAGUGUUUUAUUCCCUUCAUACUACAGCAGCUUGCCAACGAUGAAAUGUUUUAUUCAUCAAAGAACCACACACCACUUUUUAUUCAUUUAUAGUUACACUUCAUGUUUUUCAGUGUCUGUGAAACACGUUGGGUUCAUCCCUCUUUUCACUCGGCGUAUAGCAGCAGUAAACAGUCGUUUCCUCAUCAGCUUGUCUUUUUUCCCCCUCUCUUGAACCUAAUACGAAAUAUGCAGCUUGUAUUGCGAAGCACUGCUACAGAGCGCUGACACUAGAGACUCCCUGCUAAAAACGUCUCGUCACAGAAGACUUUUACCAUGUUCACAGUCUCACACACGUUUUUUUAAAAUCCAUUUAUGUGGAGUGUCUUAUACAAUUCCUUGUCUACAUGGUUAACUACAGAAAUCAUAACAUAUCGAAUUGUGCGUUAUUAUAAACACGUCAUUUGUCUUGUCAUUUGUCAGCGCGGUUGUAGAAGUCAUUUUAUUUCACUAUAAUAAGCUCAUGCGUUCAGCAGUUUGUGACAUUUCAUUCCCGAGGUCUUCGGAGCAUGACGUUCGUUCAUCUUUUAAGCACAACUAGUUUUUAUCUCGCAGGUUCUGGCUUUUCUUAAGAACAGGAGAACAUUUCCAUUCAGUUGUUUAUCAUCUAAAAAUAUGGCUCCAGAUCUACUUCAGGACUCGGCGAGUCCGGUUCUUUCUGUGCUUGAUCCUCUUCCAUGUAAACAUGAGCGACACACUUUCUGAUGAACUUUCUGGCUCGGGUGGGGUUUGGAUGUUGAAACGGAACAAAUGUGGUCAGAACUCACUUCUGUUUUGUACUGUUAUCAUUAUCGACUUUUUAGAUCUCAUUUCUAGCCUCACAGAAGUAACACAGAUCGGAAAUGACCGACAAAUCUCAAAGUAAAGGCACCACAUGGACAGGGUGGAGUGAUUUUUCCUUGGCUUCUGUGGUUGUUAGAUGUUCCUGAUGUUAUUAGACUAGAUUUUUUUAUUAACAAAGAAGAGAGUAUCAUAUUAUAUUCACUAUUUUGAGUUGUGAGUAGAAAUUCACAUAUGAACAUUUUGAUGGUGUAUUAUAAAUUAGAGGCUAAUAUCAUUGUGUAAGGCUUGAGUGGGCAGGCUUUUAUUUUUUCCUGUAGCGCUAACGGCUCUUGCUCAGAAGCUGCUGUGUUGCAAUGUAGUGUUUAGCACCAUAGGAAAUUGACAUGGGCUGUAUGGACAUGACUUUUUUUGGUUUUCAGUUUGUCUUACCUUUUCAUAUGCAGCAGCAGUGAUCUUUGUCUGUAUAGCUCCCGUUUCUUUUAUGCUGGACAUUGACCUCUUUAUUUAGUAAAAUACUUUUUGUUUUUAGGAUAUAACUGUACCCUGGAUAUUAGUUAUUAAUGACUUUGUUUAACAGAUUACGGUUGGGUGAAGUUACACAUCCAGAAUAAGUCCUGUUCAUAAUUACAGCUCAGGCGUCCUGUGUUUCUACUGAUGAUAAACUUUCUUUUUUUUUUUUUUUGCUCUGGCUCUGCACUGUACAUCUUUAACAAGCGUUCUCAUUCUCUGCAAGCGAAAUCACAGUGUAGUUGAUUCAAGAUGGAAAAUGCUAAAUCAACUGUCUGAUUCUUUGUAUGUCUGCUCCUAAAUAAAGCAAAAGAAUUAUAUUCUCA